GCGUAGCGACAUGGCUGGAGAGAGGAGAGAUUGAAAAGAAGUAUCAUUUUUGAAACAGGCUACAAUAACAAGCACAUCCGAUCUGCGUGCUGUAUUUUUUAGGGGGAUCGGAAAGAUUAGGAUUUGCUUUAUUUGCCUCAACUAAACUACAGGCGUUGAAGCACAAUGAGUAAUAUUUAUAUUCAAGAGCCUCCAACUAAUGGAAAGGUCCUGCUAAAAACCUCAGCAGGUGAGAUUGACAUUGAGCUUUGGUCCAAGGAAGCUCCUAAAGCAUGCAGGAACUUCGUUCAGCUCUGCAUGGAAGGUUACUAUGAUGGCACAAUUUUCCACAGAGUGGUGCCAGAGUUCAUCAUUCAGGGUGGAGAUCCCACUGGAACAGGGGAGGGUGGAGAGUCCAUCUACGGCCGGCCAUUCAAGGAUGAGUUUCACUCCAGAUUGCGCUUCAUUCGGAGAGGUCUGGUCGCCAUGGCGAAUGCCGGGCCUCACGAUAACGGAAGUCAAUUUUUCUUCACCUUGGGCCGUGCAGAUGAGCUCAACAACAAACACACAAUAUUUGGCAAGGUCACAGGAGACACUGUGUAUAACAUGCUCCGAUUAGCAGAAGUGGAAUGUGAUCAUGAUGAAAGACCCUUGAAACCCCACAAGAUAAGAACUGCUGAGGUGCUUCAUUGUCCUUUUGACGACAUUGAACCUCGUGAAACAAAAAAAUCCAAAAAGGAAAAAGACAAAGAGGAGGCGAAGAAAUCACAAUCCAAAGCCACAAAGAAUUUCAGCCUGUUAUCAUUCGGGGAAGAGGCAGAAGAGGAAGAGGAGGUGGCGACUCAAGUCAGUCAGACAUUUAAAGGAAAGAGCAAAAGCAGCCACGAUCUGCUGAAAGACGACCCCAGACUGAGCUCGGUUCCAGCGGUUGAUAAGAAAAAGAAGAAAGGAGCGUCUGGAGGCGCAGACGAGUCGGAUGACGAAGCCGACAGCGAUGGUGAGGGCGACGCCGAUGAAGACUACGACUCCGAUAAGAGAGAGAAGAUGAGGGAGCUCAUCGGUAAAAAGCUAAAAAAGGAGAAAGGAGCAGAGAGAGCGGCGGAGCCCGGUGAGGAGGAGCGAGGGAAGAAGAGCAGCCGCAGUGAGGAGCUACGGAAAGAAGCACGGCAGCUAAAGAAGGAGCUGCAGGCCAUAAAGCAAAGGAAAGAAGAAGUUUCUAAACCUGCAGCAGAAGAAGUCAAGGAAGAAGAUAAGAAGCCGUCCAGCGAAGCCGUGGCUGAAUAUCUGGAGGGCCGGAAGAAGUACGAAGAGCUCAGGAAGCAGAAACUGAAGAAAGGUUCAAACAGAGAGCAGCAGACGAUGGCUCUGCUCGACCGCUUCAAGUCCAAGCUGUCGUCGGCCAUCACCGAGGGUCCGGAGGAGGAGGAUGUGGAGGAGCUCGCAGAGGAUGAUGACAAAGGAUGGCUGGGUCACGUUCUGCAGUUCGACGAGCAGACCAGGAAAGUCAAGGACGCCAACAUGCAGGACGAAGACACUUUUGAGAUCUACGACCCGCGGAACCCCGUCAACAAGCGGCGGAGAGAGGAGAGCAAGAAGAUCAUGAGGGAGAAGAAGGCCAAGAGGUGAGGACCCGGGAGACCCAGACCAAUUCCCGCCUGAACCAUGCGACUGAAAACGUGGUCGCUCGUCAUCCUACGAACUGGACCGACUCAAACAUCUGGAUUGAAGCUACGAACCUGAGCGCCUGUAGUCUGCGACGGACCUGCAGCUGUACACAUACAAACACAGGAGUCAGACUGUGAUCGUAGUGAAGGUUAUUAGUUCAUAUCAUGUUGCUGUUUCUUCAUUUUUAUGACGUUAUGUUAAUUAGAAUCUAAACGUGACUGUAAAGAUGUCAAGAAAAUAAAAUUAACAUCUUCAGACUGUCUGGAAUUGUUCUUCAAUUUGAAAUAAAGUCUCCGUUCAGUGA